GUUUACAGGGUUCAUUGGCUUCGCACGAAAGCAUUACGUGACCGAUGGGCGGAAGAACUCAUACUCGUUGAACCUGAAAUGGGGUGGACUCUGGAGUGUUUCCUCUUCAAAGCAAGCAUGUGGUUGACAAGGCUCACAUCGAAUGGCGAGGCACAAACGGAGGGACACAAGUGUUAUGCGAUUCGGCAGGCCCAUAUGUACCAAGAACUUGCCAAACACGCACAGGCUGGCUUUAUA